AUGGCUAACGCGAAGCUGCUGGCCGUAUUUGCUCUCCUGCAGGUCCUAUCGGUCCUCCUCCACGUCCAUGGCGUCUCCGGGGCCAUCAGCCUGACGCACAAGCGUGCAAAGCGGCCCGGCGGCGGGAAAUGCCACAUCAGCGGCUUCCUCCGCGGCAAGGCCGGCAAGUGCAACCCGGAGCACGGUUCCGACUGUUGCGUCUCCGGCCACCGCUACCCGCAGUUCCGGUGCUCGCCCCCGGUGUCGGCGGAGACGCCGGCGAUCCUGACGCUGAACAGCUUCGCGGCAGGAGGAGACGGUGGAGGCAAGUCCUUCUGCGACAACCGGUUCCACCCGGACAGCGCGCGGGUGGUGGCGCUGUCCACGGGGUGGCUGCGCCUGGACGGCACGCGAAGGUGCAACAAGAUGAUCCGCAUCAACGGGAACGGGCGGUCGGUGCUGGCCAAGGUGGUGGACGAGUGCGACUCGGUGAACGGCUGCGACGAGGAGCAUAAUUUCGAGCCACCGUGCCCGAACAACGCCGUGGACGGAUCGCCGGCGGUGUGGAAGGCGCUGGGGCUCAAGCAGUCGAUUGGAGAGUUCAAGGUCACCUGGUCUGAUGUCUGA